AUGGCUGGAGAGGCUGCUAAUUUUUCCACUUACGACAAUGUAUCGAGCCUCGAUCACUUCGUCUUAUGGGCACAGCGAACUGCUGGAAAGCCUAACCUGAGGGGAGGCGAUCGAGUCGUUAGUCAACCAUGGACUAAAGCAAGUGUCGAGAUCAAGGAUACAGCUACCGAUGCGGGCGACGCCGUAAUCCCACUACGCAAACAGCCGAUUAGUUUCGAGAAAGCAUCCAUCGUGUUGGAAUCCACAGAGUCAAAUGUAUCGUCUGCUCCAGUGGAUCCUGAUUCUGAAGAUGUUGUUAAGCCCGAGCCGGAGGCACAACUGGAGAAGAAAACACUAUCAAGUAUUGUACCUCUUCAGCAGCACGAGUUAAGUCAAGCCUUGCAAUACCCCGGCGCCUCACCGAAGCCUUCACCAGUCGUGAGUGUUGCCUUUCGGAGAUCCGACGAGACUCCUUUACAAUGUCCAUCUAAGUUGUGUGCCGUCAACAAGCUUGAUGAGACCCAGUCAGCACCUUAUCUGACUCCAACUCAGAAGAAAAUAAUAGCAGAGAUCAACGCACAGGAUAUUGAGGGCGUGAGUAGAUGGUCGGAGCCAGCGGUUGCUCAAACACCAUCAGAAGCAUUCGCAGCCGUCACUGGAAACCAGUCAGGUCAAGAACAACAAAUGGAUAGCACAACCGACGUCUCACAUACUGGAGCCGCGAACGUUCACCACGGGUCGACACCGACGUUGUCGAGGGUCGGACCUGCCGCAAUCACCCCUCAUUCCCGAGAUGCUGCUUUUGGCAAGAAAUACGAUCCCAUGGCAAUGUACGAAAAGCUCAAGAAGGGAUUCUAUCCUGAGACUCCGAAACCAAAGUGUGAUCCUCCUAGUGGCGGGGAGCAACAGCUAGCUGUCCUGAACGAGCAGCAUGUACUCAUACUUGACCCUGCCACCCAAGAGUCCCAGGUCCCAGAAGCAGAAUAUGAUACCGUAGUCGGCCUGCCAGACUCAAGACGACCGGAUUCGAUACCCGACCUGACAAAAGUAGACAAAGGUGAAGAUGAUCAGGACGCCAAAGCAGAGAGUGGCAUAGAUCUUGCUCCAGUACUGACGGCAUUGGAAGCUCGUACACCACGCGCCUCCGAAGCCCACUCAGCAGCUUCACAUACCGACUCUACACUGACACCAGAUGGGGAAGCUCGAGAGGCAAAUGGAGCAGAUAAGCCCCACACUAACACACAACAUGAAACAAAAGUUGUGACUGAGGCUGAGGAAACACUCGUGAACCCUGGUGUCACAACGGUAGCAGACCAUGUUGUUGCUGACGUACCAGUGGACGAGUCGAGCCGUACUGCUGAGCGUCAAGGGCACCGUACUGUGGUGAUCAAAAAUCUACCAGCGUCAUGCGACUAUACCUUCGUUCAGUCGCUCGUCUGUGGUGGCACACUCGACAAGAUAAAGUUGCUUCCGGAGCAGCAUGCAGCUGAGGUCACCUUCGCACAACCUGAGGAGUGCCGUCGAUACUUCAACUCUUUGCAAGGAGGAAUGAUUCAAUUCAAGCACAAGCGGAAGCAACACACUGUUUACGUCGAGCUGUCAGAGCGAAUCGAGCCAGCUGAAGCUCUUCUGCAAGCUUAUCUCGAUUGUGGCGCCACCAGAGUGGUGUCUGCUGAAGAAGUUGACGAUGAGUUGUCCAUGAGGGACCUCAACAAACUGGCCACGGGUCCUUCUGCUGUGCGUGAGAUCGAGAUGAUCGUGGACUCUUACCGUCGAGGUAGUCGAAACGUGGUGUUUCGGUUUACCAACAUUCGUGAUGCGGUGGCUUUCAAGGCCACGCAUCGUGGCUUCCAGACAUGGGCGACUCAGCUCUCGUUCGUGGAAGAUCCUUGCGGACCAAACCUGGAAACCUAA